GCGGGUCGGGAGAGCGCAGCGCGGGGCUGCGGCCGCCGCUCCCCGCCGGGCGCGCCUCGCACGGCUCCGGGGUGGCGGCCCCAUUAUGGUCAGCCAUGGCGUGGCUGCCGGGCGGGCUGGCCGAGCUGCGCUGGGGCGCGCUGGUCGCCCUUUUCGUGGCGGCGCUGGCCACGCUGGCCGUGUACCUGGUGCAGUACGCGCUGCUGGCGCUGCGGAGGGGCCGCCCGCCGCCGGCCGCCGCCGGUGCCGCUCCGGCGGUGCAGCGGGACGAGCUGCUGGAGGAGGGCGGCUCGGUGCUGGCCUGGGCGCUGUCGCGGGGCAGCUGGAGGCGGCAGUGGCGGCGGGCCUGGGUGGCGGCGCUCCGAGCCGAGGCGGCGGAGCGGGCGGUGAGUGCCGGGAUGCAGGAUUCUCAGUUGCUCACAUUUGAGGAAGAUGACCCAGCAGAACCACUUGAGCUAGCGGUUAAAGAAGUUACCAGUGUUGUAAAGUCAGCUGGAGAGAAGGUGGUUUCUUGCAAUGUUGUGGGAGAUUCUGUUAAAUUCCUCUUUGCUGUCUCAGCCCCUUCAUCUGUGGCUGCUGAACCUCAGUCGUAUUUUGUGAAGCUGUCCCCAGUCCACCUGCAGCUUCAGCUCUAUGUGAAAGACAAAGGAGAAGAUGUCAAAGUUGAAUGGUUCCUCAUUAACACCAGUGAAAUCAACUUUGAAAUCCAGCCAGCAGUGCAGGAGGAACAGACAGCAGGGACAUGUGCAAUAUCUGAAACGCUCAGAGAUGUCUUGAAGAACCUCUUCAGCUCAGCUUCUCCAUCUGUAGUGUUGAGUGUGAGGCCUGCAGAUACAAAGGAGGUUCAGAAUGUACAGAACACAAGCCUUCUCCCUCAGGGCACGAGUCCUCCCAAACCCCCGAGGGCUCAUGAGCUGAAGCUGCUGGUGAGGAACAUGGAGGUGAAGCUGAGCGAUGAUCUCCGUGCUGCAGGCAGCACAGACCUUGUGUGUAUAGUUCAGUUGAAUGACCCUAUGCAGAAGUUUUCCAGCUCUGUAGCCAAAAAUGCUGCACACCUGUUUUGGAAGGACGAGUUUAUCUUUGAGCUAAGUGCCAAAUCAAAAGAGUUGCAACUGCAAAUAGUAGAAGAUGGGAAGUUGGAUAGUCCUUUAUCUGGGAAGGUGACUGUACCUCUAGACCUGUUCAGGAAACAACCCUCUGGGCAGCACAGCUUUGCGCUGACCAGCGGGGCCAGGGAGAGCAGCUUGGAGCCAGGGCUGGGAUCCAUCAGUGCAGAGUUCUCUUUUAUAGAACCCAGUGAACUGAAGGCAAGGCAGGUCUCCUCCCCAGUGCUGGCCACCAAGAUCGAAAAGGAUCGCACUGUGAUGCCCUGUGGGACUGUGGUCACCACUGUCACUGCUGUGAGAACCAAACCUCGUCUGGAAGGGAGAGCAUCCCCUCUCAGCACAGAUUCUCCUGUGAAAACUCCAGUUAAAGUAAAGGUGACUGAAAAGGAUUUCACUGUUGAAGCCCUCCAUUCUCAUGGUGCUCCAGUCAGCAAAACUUUGUCUUCUUCAGAUACAGAGCUGCUGGUACUGAAUGGCACUGACCCUGUGGCAGAAGCAGCCAUCAGGCAGCUGAGCGAGUCUGCAAAGCAGAAGCUGAAGUCUCCUCGGAAGAAAAGCACCAUUAUCAUAUCAGGGGUGUCCAAGACCUCUUUAUCUCAGGACAGUGAAGCUUCACUGAUGAUGGACUAUGCUGCAGCCAUGGACAGCUCCUGCAGGGAAGCAGAUCCACCCACUGUGGAGGAAGCUGUUGCUAAAAUCUCCUCUGAUAAAAAGCAGUCACUGAGUGCUACAGAAAGAGUCCCUGGUACCGACCCACAGCAAAGCACCCACAAGGCCUGGGGUUUGGAGAAUGGCAGCCAGCAGUGGGACACCAGCACACUCUUAGACCAGACCUCUGAAGAAAUAUCUGGGAGCUCAUUAAGUGUUUCAGAAACCGGGAGCAUGAAAAAAUCUAAAGGUGGGAUUUUGAAGAAAAGCGCAAAGCUGUUUUUCCGCCGGCAGCAUCACCAGAAGGACCCGGGAAUGAGCCAGUCCCACAACGACCUGGUGUUCCUGCAGCAGCCUCUGUCAGAGGAGAGCCGCAAGAAGGGUGGGACACUCUCACGAAUUCUGAGCAAGAAGCUCCUUUCCAGGAACAAGAGCAAGAACAAACUGAACGGUGCUUCGGGAGAGCCGUACCUAUAAACCCAAACCCUCUCUGAUGGGAUACCCGCUCAGCAGUUGAGCACUUGUUUACAGAGCAGUACUAGAGAAUACAAAUAUGGCUGAUGACUUGCAUAAAAGGAUGUUCACUAUUAACAGUGGUCUUUUUGGUUUAUUUCUCCAAAGCGUUUUUUCGCUCUGAUGAUGAAGUUGCUCCUCCAAGUACAAGCAGUGCCUAGUGUGUCCUGACAGCUUUUGGAGGAGUCUGUGGGUUCUUGUGGAAGAGGAGGGAGGAUGGGGACUGGUGCAGGUGGGGACCAAGAAGGCACCUGAUGUCUUGGGGUGCACUGGGAAGAGCAUUUCCAGCAGGUAAUGCCCCUGUGCCCAGCCCUGGAGGCGCCUCUGGGCUGCUGUGCCCAGCUCUGGCUCCUCAGCACAGCAGGGACAGGAGCUCCUGGAGCUCAGCAAGGGCCUGGAGCAUCUCCGUGCCCAGGAAAGGCUGAGGGAGCUGGGGCUGCUCAGCCUGGAGAGGAGCCCCAGCUGGGAGGGGCUGAGCCCUGCCCGUCCCUGGUGUCUGUCUGUCCCUGGCUGUCUGUCCCUGGCUGUCCCUGGCUGUCCCUGUCUGUCUGUCCCCGUGUGCAGGGAGGGCAGAGCAGUCCCAGGCUCUGCUCCAGGGCCCAGCAAUGGCCCCAGAGCCACGGGCAGGGACUGAGCCCAGCAAUUCCCCCUGCACAGGAGGCACAACUUUAUUGUGCACUGACCACGCACUGGGACAGACUGCCCAGAGAGGCUGUGGAUUCUCCUUCCUUGGAGAUACUCCAGAACUGUUGGGACACACUGCUGUGCCUUGUGCUCUGGGAUGGCCCUGCUGGAGCAGGGGGGUGACACCAGAUGACCCCAUGUGAGUUCCAGCCUGACUGAUCCCUGUAGGGAGGACCCAAAGGUGAUCACCUGGAUUUACAUCGGGGGGUUGCUCAGGACUGAAACAUCACACCCAGUUUAUGUGACAGAACCUCUACAGAGAGAGAAGACACCACUGUGCUCCCUCACUGCAGCCUGAACAGGAGCAACUGAUUUUUCUAGUCAGACUGAAAGGAGGAAAAGAAAGAGGCCCAGAUCCAGUUUGUGUUGUAAUUUGGAAGCGGGUGAGUGUUCAGAAGCAGGAGGAAAAUGCUGACUCAGAUAUCCUACUGUAAUAACUUGCCUGCUCUAAUCACUGCUCAGCCCAUGUAGGUGGAGAGAUGCCUUUGACAUUAGCCAUAAAUCAAUAAAUUAUGCAAAUACCAGUACUAGCAUAUUGUUUAAUGUUCUGCUUUAAAAAAAAGUUAUGCUUAAACAGAAUUUGGUUUUGUUUGUUUUUUUUUUUUUAAUCUACUUGAAGCUACUCACAAACAAACUAUUUUCCAAAUCUUACAUGUAGCUUUUCUUCCCUGUGUGAGAAGCUGUAUUGCUGAUGCAAAAACUCAUCUUAGGGCCUCUAAUUCCUUCUCCCAAGUGUCUGUUAGACAAGUACAUAAACUAUCAUAUCAAAGCUAGGAGCAGUAAAUGGUGAAUAGAGCAUAGUUAACCCUACAGUGCUUUUCAUUGGGAAGUUUGUCCUACUUGCCAAACUCUUACUGAGAUCUUAAAAUACACAGUUGUGAAG